AUGCGCGCCAACUCGGUGACGAAGGAGCCCGCGAUUCAGCAGUGGUGGGCGGACAACAAAAUCUACGAGCAAAUCGCCGAGCGCGCCGACGCCGAGAUGUUCACCCUCCACGACGGACCGCCCUACGCCAACGGCGACCUCCACAUCGGCCACGCGCUGAACAAGAUCCUGAAAGAUUUCGUCAACCGAUACCAGAUGAUGAAGGGCAAGCGCGUGCGGUACGUCCCCGGGUGGGAUUGCCACGGCUUACCCAUCGAGCUCAAGGUCCUCCAGUCCAUCGACGCGGACGCGCGAAAGGCGCUCACCCCGAUCAAGCUCCGCAAGAAGGCUCGCGCGUUCGCGCUCAAGACGGUUGACAAGCAGCGCGACGCGUUUCGUCGGUACGGCGUGUGGGGCGAUUGGGAGGAUCCGUACCUGACGUUACUGCCCGAGUACGAGGCUGCGCAGAUGGAGGUGUUUGGGCAGAUGUUCCUCAACGGGCACGUGUACCGCGGCAAGAAGCCCGUGCACUGGUCGCCUUCGUCCAUGACGGCGCUGGCGGAGGCGGAGCUGGAGUACCCGGAGGGUCACGUGAGCCAGAGCGUCUACGUGGCGUUUCCGUUGGUCUCCGGAAAUAUCCCCGACGGUUUCCCAGCCGAGCACGCGUCGGUGCUCGAGGCGGGCGCGUCCCUGGCGGUGUGGACCACCACGCCGUGGACCAUGCCCGCCAACGCGGCGGUCGCGGUCAACGACAAACUCGAGUACUCGUUCGUGAAGGUGACGGGCGCGUCGGGCGACGUCGAGAAGGAGUCGAGCCGGAUGGUGGGCAAGACGCUGGUCGUGGCGCAGGGUUUGGUCGCCGAGGUGGCGACGACGUGGGGUCUCACGCUCGAGACUUUGUGCACCGUUCCGGGCAGCGCGCUCGUCGGCUUCGAGUACACGCACCCCAUGUACGGCCGAGCCUCGCCCGUCGUCGCGGGGGGCGACUACAUCACCACCGACAGCGGCACCGGCUUGGUUCACACCGCGCCGGGCCACGGCCAGGAGGAUUACAUGACGGGCCUGAAGUUCGGGCUACCCCUGCUCUCGCCCGUGGACGACAAGGGCCUCUUCACCGACGAGGCUGGCGACGAUCUCGUCGGUAAGUCGGUCCUGAAGGACGGCAACGAGGCGUGCAUCGAGAAACUUCGGCACUCCGACGCGCUCAUCCUCCAGGAGCCCUACAACCACAAGUACCCGUACGACUGGCGCACGAAGAAACCCACCAUCUUCCGCGCCACCGAGCAGUGGUUUGCGUCCGUGGAGGGAUUUCGGGACGAGGCGCUCGCCGAGCUCGAUAAGAUUGAGUUUGUCCCCGCGUCUGGCGCCAAGCGAAUGCGACCGAUGGUGAGCGGCCGCAACGACUGGUGCAUCUCGCGGCAGCGCUCCUGGGGAGUUCCGAUUCCCUGCUUCUACGACAAGGAGACCAAGGAGCCGCUCAUGGACAAGGCGACGAUCGAGCACGUGACCGAGAUCGUUCGCACCAAGGGCACCGACGCGUGGUGGGAGCUCGACCUCGUCGACCUCCUCCCGGACGCGUACAAGGACAAGGCGGAUUCGCUGGUCCGGGGAACGGACACGAUGGACGUCUGGUUCGACAGCGGUUCCUCGUGGGCGGGCGUGGUCAAAUCGCGCGGUUUGAAGUACCCGGCGGACAUGUACCUCGAGGGCUCCGACCAGCACCGAGGCUGGUUCCAGUCGUCCCUCCUCACGGGCGUCGCGGCAGCCGGUAAGGCUCCCUACGAGAAGAUCCUCACGCACGGCUUUGUCCUCGACGAGAAGGGGUACAAGAUGUCCAAGAGUCUGGGCAACGUCAUCGACCCGAGGCUCAUCAUCGAGGGCGGCAAGAACCAAAAGACGGAGCCCGCGUUCGGCGCCGACACCCUUCGGCUGUGGGUGGCGUCCACGGACUACACGAGCGACGUCCUCAUCGGCGUGAACAUCUUGAAGCAGACGUCGGAUGCCUAUCGCAAACUCCGCGGAACGCUCCGGUUCCUCAUGGGCAACAUCGGCGAUUUCGACCCGCUCCUCGACGCGGUGCCCUACGACCAGCUCCCGUCCUUCGACAGGUACGCCCUGCGCAGGACCGCGGACAUGCUCGCCGAGAUGGACAGGGCGUACGCGACGCACCAGUACUCGCAAGUCACCGCGCAGCUCCAAUCCUUCACCGCGUUUUUAUCAAACGUCUACCUCGACGCGUCCAAGGACCGCCUGUACGUGGAGUCGCCCACGGGCGUCCCUCGGCGGUGCGCGCAGACGGUGGUGAACGAGAUUGUCACCAGGCUCCUGUGCGUCGUCGCCCCGAUCGCGCCCCACAUGGCGGAGGAGGCGUUCACCGCCCUCCCGUACAAGCCCGGGCACGAAUCGGUGUUUCUAAGGGGGUGGGUCGACGCUGCGCCCGAGUGGACCGCGGGGAUGGACGACGCCGAGGCGGGGUUCUGGGCCACCGCGCUGGCGAUCCGCGGCGAGGUGAACCGCGCCAUCGAGACUGGGCGCAACGAGAAGAUCCUCGGCGCGUCGCUCGAGGCCAAGGCUGUGAUUUACGCCUCCGACGCGGCGCUCGCGGAUGCGAUUACCACGCGCGCCGAGGAGCUCAAGCAGGCGUUCAUCGUCUCGCAGUUGGAGGUGGUCUCCUCCGUCGACGACGUCACCGCUAAAUGCGGCGGGCAGUGCGUUGGCGCGUGCAAAGCUGACGGCGCCAAGUGCGCUCGGUGCUGGGGGUACUUUGGCGGGCUGGGUUCGGACGAGCGGCACCCGGAGCUGUGCCCGAGGUGCACGCCCAUCGUCAUCGAGAAGGACCCGAGCCUGAGGGUGCCGGCGAAGAAGGCGGAGGAGGUGGCCGCGUGA